AUGAUUCCCCCUGGCCCCCUCCUCCCGAUCAUCCAGAACGCCCCCGGUAACUUUUACGUUGACCACACCUGCAUCGACUGCGCCACGUGCCGCUGGGUCGCGCCGGGUUCCUUCAAGCACGUGGACGGGCAGGCGGCCGUCACGUCACAGCCGUUGGACGCCGCCGCACGCAUCGAGGCGCUGCAGGCGGUGCUGUCCUGCCCCACCUUCUCCAUACACGCAACUCAUAGAGACCCCGCAGAGCUCAAGGCGGCGCAGGCCGGCCUCCCCCGCCCCUGGCCGACAGCCGCGCCCGGGGUGUACUACUGCGGCUGGCACUCAGAGGAAACGUUCGGCGGCGCGAGCUGGCUGAUCGUGCGCCCAGAGGGAGGAAACGUGAUGGUUGACUGUCCCAGGUUCAACCCCGUCCUGGCAAAGCGCAUAGCCGAGCUCGGCGGCGUCAAGUGGCUCUUCCUCACACACAGGGACGACGUGGCCGGCCACCAGCGCUGGGCCUCCCACUUUGGCGCCUCCCGCGUCAUCCACGAGCGCGAGGCGACGGCCCGGCAGGGCACGGACGCGUCCGAGGUCCAGCUCACCGGCACUGGCCCCUGGACGCUGCCGGACGGGGGGGACGAUGUCCAGAUCAUCCACACGCCCGGCCACACCAGCCACCACCUGUGCCUGCUGUCGCGGCCCCACGAGGCGCUGUUCACGGGCGACCACUUGUGCGCCCAUGAGGAGCCCGCGCCGGGCGGCGUGGAGGAGGGGCGCGUGGAGGUGUCGUCGCAGUUCAAUUGGUACAGCUUUGAGAAGCAGGUGGGAGGGGGUCACAGCCUUGUCAAGGGGCGGUGCACAGCUGCGUGGCCUGCGUUUUGGCUGUGGUGA